AUGACUGACUGCAAGAGGGCAAAACGUACGGGUGCCGGGCACUUCAUCGAGACCUUGUUCAUCAGUGCCUUCAUACUUGUCAUCCUCUGCUGUUGCUGCAGAUCAGUGAAACGAGGUGACCCCGGACCAAAAGGUGACCGUGGUGAACGAGGAGGUCCGGGAGAACAAGGUAAACAGGGCGUUCAGGGACCCCCAGGAAGUGACGGAGCUCGUGGAGCAAAGGGCAAACCUGGCGAUGCCGGUCCCAAGGGACCAAAGGGUCGUCCCGGCCCUACAGAAGAGGAAAAAGAAGAAGAGACUAUUCCUGGGACCAAGGUGUAUUUUGGCUGA